AUGAGCAUUUAUCCAUUUGAUGAUAAUACUUACAACCAAUUCGGUGAUAUUUGGAGGUACUGGAAUUACGCUGGGGCUUCGACGAAUGAAUUGGGAUUUGUGGCUUGCCGAUUAUAUGGGAUUUGUUUUAAUGCGGCUGCAGUUGAACGUCUUUGGAGUUGCAUGAGCUUUUUACAAACAGAUCGAAGGAAUCAGUUAAUGUUAUCAUCACCAGGUUUUCUAGAAGAAAAUGCUAAAGAUCAAAUGGAUAUUAAUAGUGAAGAAAAUCAAGAAAUCCAAGAAAAUGAAGAAAAUGAAGAAUCUGGCGAAAUUGAAGCAGAACCUGAAGAAAUCAUAGAUCUUAUCUUGGAUGAAGACUUUGAUGAUGAUGAGUCGCCAGAUUCGAGUUCUUUGGAAGCAGAUUUUGGCCAAUUUUUGGAUGUGUGA